AAAGACAUUUCAUUUGUCGCCAGUCGACUCACAGGGAGCACCUCGAAUUAACCGCGAGGGUUUUUAUUUGAAACCACCAACCCGAGCUUUAAAAGAAAUGGGCACCAUGGAAGAAUCCUCCAAUCCACCGGUCCGGCGGCUCGUGCCUAUGGCCGCCGCUCAGCCUGCGCGCGCACACGCACACGCACCUGAUGACCCCAUACUGCGAGGGUAGCUGGAGUCGUCCUCCUGGAGGGAAAAAAACGAACACGAGGAGACGUUGGCUGCUGUCCACGACCACCCCUCCGUCCACCCACCCGCCCUCCCCCCCACCUCCUCCCCCAUCAUCCUCCUCUCCUCUUCCCUCCGACUGGCACAGAGAAGAGAGUGUGAGAGCCCAAGCAAGGGAACGUGGGAAAGAGGAAGACAAUGUACCAAACGCUGCUUCUCUCCUCCUCCCUCUUCAUCCUCCAUGUGAUGGGCAGUCCCCAGUUCUUCGCUCACCACGGGAGGAGGGUGUGCGGCCAGGACCUCCGUCACGGCGUUGUCAUGGCAACAGAGUCCUACGUCCAACCGGUGCACAAGCCCUACAUCACCCUGUGUCAGGGACAUCGCCUCUGCAGCACUUACAAGACCGUGUACUCGGUGGCGUACCGGCAGGUGAGCAGAGCGGUGUCUCCUUCGCAUUUCUACCCAGAGUGUUGCCCAGGCUGGCAGAGAUUUCACUCUCACAACUGCAACCAAGCUGUGUGUGGACAAGCCUGUGUGAAUGGAGGUACCUGCUUAAGACCCAACCAGUGCGCUUGUCCGCUAGGCUGGACGGGCCACCAGUGCCAAACAGAUGUGGAUGAGUGCGGCGAGCAGCGGCCGUGCGCCCAGGAGUGCGUGAACACAGCUGGCAGCUAUCGAUGCGCGUGCAGAGACGGCUUCAGGCUCGCCGGGGACGGUCGUUCUUGUCAAAGCCUUCCUCCUCCUCCUCCUCCUCCUCCUCCUCAUCCUGCCACACCUCCCUCUCCCACCCAGACCAGCCAGGCAACAGUGGGUGGUCACACUGAUGCGGGUGGAGUGUUCAGCCUGGUGGAGAAUGUGACGGAGGAGGUACAGACCCUGAGGAACAGAGUCGAGCUCCUGGAAAAGAAGUUGCAGUUGGUCCUGGCCCCCUUCAGCAGCUUCUUCCCGCUCUCGUUGGACGAGGGCUUGUCGGAGAAAACCACCUUGCUGUCCCACUCCUUCCAGCAACUUGACCGCAUUGACUCCCUCAGCGAGCAGAUUGGCUUUCUGGAGGAGCGCCUCGGCACAUGUUCUUGCCAGGAGAAUUAACCACAGAACAUGGCCAUCAUUAUUUUCAGACAUCUCCCGUGAAGUUAGUAAUGACCCGAACCUGCCAGAGAUUGAACGCACAAGUACAGCUGGUGUGUGUAGGAGAGGGGUGGAAAGCAGACACAGCCUCAGCCCUUGUCAUGCCGUGACGCAAUCAUGGCACAGAUCAUCUGUGAUUUUCACUGUUCCCAACAGCCUCAUUUACUUUUCUCGUUGAAUCACCGUCAAAUUCUUCAAUUUUUGUAACAGCGCCUGCGGCAGGGUCAGUUUCACCAUUGCAUCAUCCCUGUAACGUCAAAUUCAAACCCCCCUGAGGGUCAAAGGUUAAAGUGGCCACUUUGUUUCUGUGUUUGUUUUGCAUUGGUGCAGCUGUGUCCUCUGUCUGAGCCCCACACUGUCCUGGGGCAGACAUGGACAUCUGUAUUUAUCUAUUUAAAUUAUGAUUACUUUUAGUCAUUUCUCAGUGCUCCAAUAGACAUUUUUACCUAGUUUUAUAACAUUUUGUAAUAAAAAGUCUUAAUCAAAA